GCGCGCAUCGCACACUGCCGGGAACCGGGAGAAAUCACAGACACGCAGGGAGGAAGCCGUGGAAGAUCUGAUACGGCGUCGAUUGCAAAGACAGCACGGACUCAGGUUAAUUCCUUCAGGUGGCUUUAGACUCCCACACAGCUCCAUUAAAGGAUCACACUGAUUUGGCUCUCCUCAUCUCCUCUCACGCUUGUCAAAUCCCUAGCAGCCACCGCGCGUAAGGACAAGAAGGUUUGUUUUUAUGGUGUUUUCAGCUGGAUUAUCACGUUCAACAAGCACGCACAAGUGCCCAGCCGCCGCCAGAUUCAAAUCGAGGGAUUACAAUUGUUUGUAAAAGAUCUUGGUUGCAGCGUCUGCAUGCGCGUCUUCUCCUCCGAGCAGAAAGCAAAGUGCUGAUAAAUCCACUUCACUUGGACUUUUGGACCGGAGUAAAGGAGCUUUCUUGGUGAAGUGCACUUGACAGAAGCGGCAUCGAGCAUAAAAAAAAGAAAAGGGGGAGACCGAAUUGAGCAGCUGAGAGGGAAACUGAAAAUCCUGCGAAAAUGCCUCUCGCUCAGAUCGCGGAGCCAUGGCCCACGAUGGAACUAGUGCAGCUCGAAACAGAGAAUGGGCAGAGCACUGCUGAGGACGGAGUCACGCCUGCUGUCAAGGAGGAUGGAGACAUCAAGGAGAUCAACAUCACCCAUGUGGUCAAGGAGGGCUCAGAGAAGGCUGACGCCUCUCAGUUUGAACUACUCAAAGUGUUGGGACAGGGGUCCUUUGGCAAGGUGUUCCUGGUGCGAAAGGUGACACCUCCUGAUGCAAACCAGCUGUAUGCCAUGAAGGUCCUCAAGAAGGCCACGUUGAAAGUGAGAGACAGAGUGCGGACCAAGAUGGAAAGAGACAUCCUGGCAGACGUCAACCACCCGUUUGUUGUCAAACUGCACUAUGCAUUCCAGACUGAAGGGAAGCUGUACUUGAUCCUGGACUUUCUCAGAGGAGGAGAUCUCUUCACUAGACUGUCCAAAGAGGUGAUGUUCACAGAGGAGGAUGUGAAGUUUUAUCUUGCAGAGCUGGCACUAGGACUGGACCACCUCCACAGCCUGGGCAUCAUUUACAGGGACCUCAAGCCUGAAAACAUUCUCCUGGAUGAAGAGGGACAUAUUAAACUCACAGAUUUUGGUUUGUGUAAAGAAGCCAUUGAUCAUGAGAAGAAAGCGUAUUCCUUCUGUGGUACUGUGGAGUAUAUGGCACCGGAGGUUGUGAACAGGCAGGGACACGACCACAGUGCCGACUGGUGGUCAUUCGGAGUACUAAUGUUUGAGAUGUUGACUGGAGCGCUGCCAUUUCAAGGGAAGGACCGCAAAGAAACGAUGAACCUGAUUCUGAAGGCACGUCUGGGAAUGCCUCAGUUCCUGAGUGCAGAGGCCCAGUCUCUGCUCAGGGCUUUGUUCAAGAGGAACCCCGCCAACAGACUGGGAUCUGGUGCUGAUGGUGCAGAGGAGAUCAAACGGCAUGGUUUCUUUUCCACCAUAGACUGGAACAAACUCUUCAGAAGAGAAGUAAAACCUCCGUUCAGACCAGCAGUGGCGCGUCCAGAUGACACCUUCUACUUUGACUCUGAGUUCACCUCCCGCACCCCUAAAGACUCCCCUGGCGUGCCCCCCAGCGCUGGAGCUCACCAGCUCUUCAGAGGCUUCAGCUUUAUUGCAUCAACUCUGCUGGAUGAGGACUGUCCAGUCGAGCCGGUCAAGCCCACACCUCACCCAGUGUGCCAGCAAUUACACGGGAAGAACCUGCUGUUCAGCGACGGCUACAUAUUGAAGGAGGACAUUGGCAUGGGCUCCUUCUCUGUCUGUAAACGCUGCAUUCACAAAACUACCAACACAGAGUAUGCUGUCAAGAUGAUUGACAAGCCCGCUACAGACCCCUCUGAGGAGAUUGAGAUUCUGCUGAGAUAUGGACAGCACCCCAACAUCAUAACACUGAAGGAUGUGUACGACAACGGUAAGCAGGUGUUCCUGGUGACGGAGCUGAUGCGUGGAGGAGAGCUGCUGGAUCGGAUUCUCAAACAGAAGUUCUUCUCAGAGAGGGAGGCCAGCGCUGUGCUUCACACCAUCACCAAGACUGUAGAGUACCUGCACUCACAGGGGGUGGUGCACAGAGACCUGAAGCCCAGCAACAUCCUCUAUGUUGACGAGUCAGGGAAUCCAGAGUCUAUCAGGAUCUGUGACUUUGGCUUUGCAAAGCAACUGCGUGCCAACAACGGCCUACUGAUGACCCCAUGCUACACUGCUAACUUUGUAGCCCCUGAGGUGUUGAAGCGUCGAGGCUAUGAUGAAGGAUGUGACAUCUGGAGUCUGGGAGUUUUACUGUAUACCAUGCUGGCCGGCUUUACUCCAUUUGCCAAUGGACCUGAGGACACUCCAAAUGAGAUCCUGAGCAGGAUAGGCAAUGGUAGCUUCAGUCUGUCUGGUGGCAACUGGGACACUGUGUCUGAGGCUGCCAAGGACCUUGUGUCUAAGAUGCUUCAUGUGGACCCGCAUCAGAGACUGACUGCUAAGCAGGUCCUCAAACAUCCCUGGAUCGCCCAGAGAGACAAACUACCCAACAGCCACCUCCCACUCCAGGACCCCAAACUGGUCAAGGGUGCAAUGGCAGCCACCUACUCCGCCCUGAAGAACUCCCAACCAACUCCAGAACUCAAGCCCAUUGAAAGCUCCUUCCUAGCCCAGAGGCGCGUCAAGAAGCUCCCCUCCACCUCCCUGUAAAGACUCAAAACAACCGAUCGGCUCACUGGAGACUGACCAAAACCGCACCUCCUGGCUCCAACCACCCAGUCAGCUUGCACGUGGACUCAAGUGUCCACUCGCCUCUACCAGCCAAGGAACACUGACUGUGGUCCUGCCCCCAUCUUGUGACAUCAGUUGUCUGCUAUCAUCCUCCUAGUUCAGGCUCGUCAGCUGCUGUCCGCUAGUCUCCUUGGACUAGCAAAAGAUCGUGAAGAUAGCUGGGGGCAAUGAGGGCAAAAAAAAGUGGCUACAGGUUUUUGGCAGAUGUAUUAGUGCUGUGUGGGUAUGGGUGUGUGUGUGUGAGUGUGAGUGGGUGUGUUUAUGCAUGACUAGCCACAGACUCGGUGCAGCCAUGUUUCUCGAUUGUGACAAUGAAAGUUUUCUCUCCUCAUCAUUGCUGUGAUUGGUUGUCAUCCAGCUUGCUGCACGCCUGUCUGUCUGUCUGUUUUGUUGUCCGUCUUCCUGUUCUCUUUGUUAAGUUGAUGAGCUUUAUAUUACCGGCUGUGCUGCCAAAUCAACCUGUGCCGAAAGCACAAAACCACAGUACUGUCCAACUGCUGUUAAAUGUUUUUGAAAGAGCAUCAUUAACAUGAAUAUUAAACAUUUCUGCCAUAAAUGCCUCUUUGGCUUUGGUACAGCCAGAACGCGUUGAUUCUGGGAAACGUCAAACGCUGAUGUUUUGGUUAAUGUCAAUCUAUGCUUGUAUUUUGUUAUACAGGGAGGGUGUGCGUGAGUGUAUGUUUGCGUGUGUGUGUGUGUGUGUGUGUGUGUGUGUCAAUUGCAUGACUUGCAGUGUGUGCGUGUGUAUUGUCUUGCGGGAUGCUGCAGGGUCAUGUGCAUGUUCCGGUGACGUGAUGAUGUCAUGUGGCUUCUUUGUUUCUCUCUGCUCCCUUUUCUCUGCUUGGUCAACCUGCUGGCAACCAUUUGAGAUGUCUAUUAUUUUUAUUACUACAAAAACUAGUAAAAUAGGUGGCUUUCUGUGAAAGAAAACUUGCCCAAGGAACAAUGUGGCAUGUUAAAAUUCUAUAUUUGCUUUUUUUUUCUCGUUUUCUUUUCCACGGUGUUUCUUGGAUAAUGCAUAUUGGACGCUGUUUCCUGUGUUGGCUGCUUUCGUUGUUAAUUGUUUUGUUUUUUUCUUUUUGUCCAAAGAACGUGGUGAUUAAAAAUAGUAAAAGACACGCUGAGCACAUCACAGUCCAUGGACUUAAUGCCGUACAGGUCUCUCCUUCUGUUUCGGGAUGUGAAAGUGAGGAUUUUGGCUGAUUGUGUCUUUAUUUAAGCACUCCAACACAGCCUCUCUCCUGCUUAAAAAACUGUCAAAUCACUGGUUGUUAAUAUCACACAGACCUUCAGCUGUCUCGUGUUUAACUCUUUCAUACGUGAUAUUUAAAUCAUUCCAUUGAUUCUGUUGCUGUAUAACUUGUUUUCAUUUUAUUGAGCCGCAAUUUGAGACGUCCAGAAGAAAAGAGAGUGUGUUUCAUUGUAAGUAGCUUCACAGGAUAGGCCCUGCUUUCAGCGCGGUGCCUGGGCCUACAGGUGAGGCAGAAUGUCUUACAUGAACAACACAGGAUGAGCAAAGGAAACGGCCUGUACAUGUGUAGAAGGGAAGACUUGUGUGGCUCGAUAAUCUAUGAACCAGCUGUCUUACCUCAAAAGGGAUCAAAGUUAUAUUCUAAUUCUUGUUUGGUGGCAAAACUCUCCCUCCUUUGACUAAAUUUAUGGUAAGAUGUUAUUGUAUGAUAAAGAUGAAGAUUUUUAUAUCUUACAAAUAUUAAAAAUUCAGUUGCUAUGACAAAAA